AUGGCUUCAAGAUCUCUUGCUCGCCCGCUACUCCGCGCUGCGAAACGCACCCAAGCAGCCCGCUUCUCCACCUCACCGUCUCUCCUCGCCGCAUCGCCAUCACCCGCCCGCUACGUCUCCCAGGCGGCAAAACCAGCACCCGCACGGUCAGCAGCCGCCGCCGCCAAAACACCCACAUCCCCAGCAGCGCCUACCUCAACAGCACCUGCCACGCAGACCGCAUCACCAGCACCAGCUCCCACCUCAGCACACCCACCACCGCCACCGCCGUCCUCCAUCCCCACCAUCGACUGGUCGACCUCGUACCACGGCCUGUCGACGACGGCCUUCACCCCCGAAGUCGCCGCCCACCUCACGACGCCCAUAAGCCCCGCCGACAUCGAAGUCAAGCCCGACGGCAUCAUCUACCUCCCCGAGAUCAAGUACCGGCGCAUCCUGAACGCGGCCCUCGGCCCCGCGGGCUGGGGCCUCGUGCCGCGCGGGCCCCCCGUCGUCGCCGACCGCACCGUCACGCGCGAGUACGCCCUCGUGGCGCAGGGCCGCUUCAUCGCCCAGGCCCAGGGCGAGAACCAGUUCUUCGCGGCCGAGGCCCUGCCGGCCGCCGUCGAGGGGUGCAAGAGCAACGCGCUGAUGCGCUGCUGCAAAGGACAUUGGCGUCGCGUCCGAGCUGUGGGAUCCCGUCUUCAUCCGCGCCUUCCAGAAGCAGCAUGCCGAGCAGGUCUGGGUCGAGCAUGUCGUGACGAAGAAGAAGAAGCAGCUCUGGGUGAAGAAGGGGUUGAGCGGCGCGCACCCGUACAAGAAGAACUAAAAGACGGAUUACCUUUGGGGGCGGGAAUGCCUGUGGGGGUCAUGGAGUUGGGUAGAGAAGGCCGGGAAAUGUAA